UGCACUCUUCCAAAGUCGGGUCUCACCUAGCCUUUCAUAUCCGGAUCUGGCUAGUCUUGCUCCCUCGCCCGCUUCUGGCCAAUCAGACACAGUGCCCAGUCUGUGGUGGGUCUUCCCAUCUCAUAGAAGAGGGGCACACGGACCGCAUUAACUGAAUAAGUGUCAAACAUGGCUUCGAAUCACGUGCACCUCGAUAACUUCCACACGCAGCAAGCAGGGAGCCGCAAUAGUGACAGUAACACACCUCAGCUAUAUUCCAACACUCAAGAUCUCGCUGGCUACACGAAUUUUUAUGGCGAUGCUCCAUACACUGUCAGCUACAACCUUCCUGAUAGCCAGCCUGCUGCAGCACAUGGCCAUACCAAUGUCCAGCUUCACUCUUGGCAGCAGCAGCAGCAUCAACAACCACAUCAACAACCUCCGGGCCAGCAGCAACACUAUUCCCAAAAUGCUAUCAAUCCAGCUUUUAAUAACCAGGCUCUUUACGGGCGAUCCUUCUCCAACAGUCCUGUACCAUACCGGGAAGGAAUAGCUAACGAUGCACGUCGUGGGUUCGCGCAACCAACCGUGGAUCCAUCUCUAGUCUCCGGAUCUGCUCACACCAACUAUGGUCUACCAAUAUCGUCUUACUCUCAGUUACCUCCGCAUGGUUCCAUUGCCCCAUCUGUUUUGCAAGCACACAAUACAUAUGCCAGCAGUGCCUCGACCCCUCCUGUAGCAUAUCAGCAGCCUAUAAACGGCGUGCAGCCUUAUCAGCUCUCUUCGGGAUCAUCUCAUGGGCAAGGCGUCAAUGGUGUUCAGUUGCGAACAGAUUUCGACAAACCUCCGCGUGCUAAAGUGCAUGGAAUGUUUCUAAUCAUUGAUGAUAAAGAACUUGAGAAGGCUACUGGUACUGUGAGCCUUGACGAGUUUGUUCACAUAGGCAACGAACCAGUGGAGCUCAAUGUUACCAGAACUACGAUCCCGCAAUACGUACCACGAAAGUCAAGAAAAGAGCUCAAGUUGCUAGCUUCUGGUAAUAAAAGUCUGUUGGACAGGAUCACUAGAAGACCUGCAAAGCAGUCCAAGAGCAGCAACGCCAGAGUUCGUAUUUCACCUCAUUCCUCGGCCCUGUCACGAAAGUCGACAGGAUCACCGAUAGAGUUAAGUGACGCCAGCGAUUCAAGUUCGGAUGGAUCCUAUGACGAUUCGUCAGACGACGAAGAGACAUCACCUUUGCCGGGCACCCGCCCCUCAGGAGCACUUGAUUCGGUCCGGUACGACACGAUCAAGGCCGUCUGGUUGUCGCGAAGAGACGGAGCACAGGCGGAACGAAUUCGGACCGCUUUAGGCGAUUAUUGGGACUUGAUUAGAACUAUAAAAGAUCGUUGGAAAAAGGAUAGUGAUGCCGUGAAGGAAGCGGAGGAAAAGAAGAGAUUGGGCGAAAUUGAUCUACUCAAAGACCGCGUUCAAAUUCAACGGGGAAUGCUCGAGAUGGCUUUGAGAAGCGCGCUAGAAAACGGCCACCCUGAAGUGAUUCGACUUCUCGGUCAGAACAAAGCAUUUCUUUUCGUUUGCUAUUCAUUUCUGGCAGAGCGAGUAAAGGAGAAGGACUACACUAGCUCACUUGGUAACACUAUCAUUGAGAUGCUCACCUCCACUACUUCCUUGUCCAUUGAAAUGAUGGAAGAGACAAAGCUAGCCAAAGCACUUACCCUUUUCGCAAGAAAGGGAGAUGACCGUAUGAAAGCAAAGAUUAAGACAAUUGAAGAAAACGCCGCGAACGUGUCCAAGCAGAAGGUUAAAGCAAGCACACCUAUCUCCGAUCAAACAUCGGGAUCGAAGGAUGCCAUCCCAAAAUUAAAACCAGAACAGCUGAAGCGCAUAAAUGUGGAUGCUGCGUAUUCGACCAAACGUCGAGCGGAAGGAGAUGGAGGGCAACCUGCGAAGAGAAUAUUGUCAGGAUCCGGAAUGUCAACAGCCAGUGGAGCAGUCGCAAGUACUGCUAAAUCAGCACAGAAGCGUCAACUUUCUUCUGCUGCAACGGUCGAAAAAGCUACGAGUUAUGCAAUCAGUGCCACAAUGGGGAAGCCUAAGGUUGUAGCCAAAUCAUCGCCUACCUAUGUUCUCCAGUCAGCUUCCAAAAAGCCGAGUGUAUCCACAAUUGCGAAGAAAAGUCAACCAAUGAGUGUUACUUCUAAAAAGCCUACGACUACCGCGCCACAAAAGCCGGCUUUUUCAUUUUCUGAUACGAUGGCGAAUCUAUUGAAACCAAAGGAUUCAGAGCCAACUACCAAGCAAGAAGACAAACGACCUCCGGAGACAGCGGAGGAGAAAGCGAAGCGACUACGCAAGGAAGAGCGCCGCAAACUCAGAGUAACUUGGAAGCCGGACGCUGCGCUUUGCUCAAUCAAAUACUUCGAGCACGACCCAGACGAGGAUUUCGGUCACGAUGCAAGCAUGGUCCGCAAUGCUGGUAGUGUGCACGAAGAGGGACGCAUGUUCAAACAAAAACAUAAGGAGAUGAUGGACAAUGAUGAAGAGGAAGAAAUAGCCCCCGAGCAAAAUCAUCGCGAAUGGAAGAUUCCUUCUGCGAUUGACUUCGAUGUUUUUGAUCAAUCUAUCCGAAGCAGCAAUUUUAUCCCUUAUGGCGGCGGCACCAAGAUUCCAGUUAGUCCAGAUAAAGAAGCCCAAGAGCAGUACGAAGCCAACAAUUUGAUGGUGUAUUACCAUGAUCCAGCGGAUAUUCCGCCAACCCCUAGGGAACCGAACGAAUUUCCAAGCGAAGAUAGCAUACCUGUGGUCGAGUUUGGUGUUCCAUUAGAGUGGACGCUCCGCCGCGCAGUUGCCUUCCAACCUCAGCAAGCUCAGCCCCCGCUGAACAACGGCACUCUCACACAAGACCUCAGCGCCAUACUUGAUUCUCUUAAGAGCCACCAGAGCCAGUCCACUGCAUCGCAAUCAGCCACAACGGCGCCACUGGACCUCUCUUACCAACCACCAAUCCAGCCAGUAACACAGCUUACCGCUCAGGCACAGAAUAACUCGAAUCAUCUGUCGCAAUUGCUCAGUUCGUUCGCACCGCCAGUCGCUCAGGCAAACCCAGCUCCUGACAUACAUGCAUUUCUAGGGAAUCUGUUCGCCCAAGCCCAGCCACAGCCACAGCCAAGCCAGUCAACUUUCUCCUCUGCCUCUCAAGGACUCCCGUUUGCCAAUCCUUCACAUAAUGACCCUCAAGCAUUAUUGGCGUCCCUCAUGUCGCAGAUGCCAGCGAACAUACAGACUCAGCAGCAGCUGCCACAGUAUCAUGAUCAGCAAUACGAUGACUUCAAGAGAAAACGUAAUGACAACGGGGAUCGAAGAGAGCUAGGAAAGAAGCCUAAAUGGGACCCCGAAAACCCCCCCAAUAAGUUCACGAAGCCUUGCGACUUCUUCCUAAUCGGAAAGUGCAGAAAAGGAGACAAAUGUACCUACCGCCAUGAGAAGUGAACGUGCUGGUAGAGAUCAUUUUCGCAAUCACAUUCGCAAACGUUGGCGUUACUUGUCUUGACUCAUUAGCGGGUGUGAAUGCAUCUUUGUUUUUGAUAUUAUUCUGUAACACUAUCCUCUCGUUUCUAGAUAGAUACGGGCUUCAGGUGCCCUAUGUUGCCUUUCUUCAUCGUGCCGGGUUUGCGGGAGGCUCCUGUGCCUGCUAUCAAAACCCGUGCAUGGAAUAGAUCAUCUGCGAUAGAGCUUCUAAUUAAUAGGAAGAGAAAACACAAACAAGGCUCAGUAGCUAGGGCAACCAAUGUACGAUAUUGCAAAAAUAUCAGUUCGAUUCUCUGCAUCGAUCCUUUCCAAUUUUGACGUACCAGAUCCAAGUGCAACUUAAACAAUGAGUGGACUUGUUAAAUAUUAUAGGUCCACGCCACGGGUUGUUGCUGCUAUUGUGAUGACUAAGCUGGUACA